ACGAUUAUGAUUUUUGGAGUGAAUUAAUAUUAUCUAGUCCCAACAGUUUUACACAUUCAAAUAAGCUUGAAAUGAUAAAUGAAGAAUUUUAUAGAUAUUUAAACGGAGAAGCAUUACUUACGUUUAAAUGGAAUACUUAUGGAAGAAU